GUGGCCUCCUUCACGCGCUCUAACGGGCCUCCCAAACACCUCAGGCCGGGUCUGGCCUUUCCCGCUCCUCCUGCCCCUCCUCCUGCCAGUGGCGCCCAGGGAAGAAGAUGAGACGGUCGGUCCCGCUACUGUGGAUGGUGUCAGGGCUAUUGUUGAUGCUUCCUCCAGGGAAGGGGGACUCUGAGCCCGAAUGCAAUCUGUAUGCUUUGCCUGGAUGCCCAAGGAACUUUAAUCCAGUCUGUGGGACUGAUGGAAAAACAUAUCCAAAUGAGUGUACUCUUUGCUCUAUAAACAGGGAGGAAAAGCAGCAUGUUCAGAUUUCCAGCAAAGGCCCGUGCUCGUGAGACCAGCUUCAAGGGGAGACAGUAGAUAUGUAACCUACUAAGAAGCGGAAACCAUCUCUUAAAAGUAGCUUCCAAGCUGCUACAACAGAAACACCCUGUUUAGCCCUUA